AUGGUUCUCGCAGGCAUGCACGGAAAUCGAUCCAUCAUCCGGCUCCUCCUUUCACCACUGACGGCACACCUGCGCGAACGCACCGAACUCCUCGAGGAAGCCUUCUACGGCGCCAUCCAUUCAGGCUGCAUACAGACAAUUCAAUUCAUUCUAUCGCCGGAAUUCGGUCGAAUCGGUAACUUCUCAGGCUGGCUUUGGGAGGAAGUGCUUUGGAUAUCAACCCAUUAUGAGGAAUUUCUUUGGGGGGAAACGCCGUUGUCCACAGGCAUGGCGAACUCCGCGUCUGUCGACUUCUGCCAUCAAUUCUACGAACUCCUGAGAUCGUCCCCGGAACCGAGUAUUUACAAUCAAUUCGGCGAUGAGCCUGACCUGAACGAACAGCUGCAUAGGAUUUGCACGGCGGGUAUUCAGCGUGAGGAUGUCACAAAGUAUCUCCUGGACAAAGGCGCGACAGUACAGGACACCAGCGAUGGGACAAAAAACCGCGUGGAUAUACGAGGUCUCACCCAUGAAAGAAUCAGGCCGGAGAGACCAUGGAACCCGCUUCGCGCGGCGGUCAAGUCUGGGCAUGAGAAGAUUGUUCGUGUACUUCUCGAUGCAGGCGCAGACCCGAACAAGACGGACAACGAUGUGCUCUGGGUCGCAGCGCAGAGUGGCAGAACCGACAUCGUGAGGUUGUUACUCGAUCAUGGGGCCAAAGUUAACAUGGCGCCCUGCCCCGGGGGACGGUAUUACACUUUGACUGGAUGGGAGACACCUCUCCUGGUCGCAGAGCGAAGCGAAAACGAGGCGCUGUGUGAAUUACUAAAGAGCAAAAUGACAGCAGAAGAGAAUGAGGCACACAGAGUUGGAGACCGAGACAGUGAAACAUAUCGAGAAUGGAAGACCUGGAUAGAAUACACGUACGGGAGCAUGGAAGACCUGGAUGAGACCGUUGUACGGAAUUAUGUACCAAAGAACUACUGGGAUUACGGAAAAAUUAUCUGA